UGUCAUGCCGGCCACCAACCAGGGUUGGCCUGAGGACUUUGGCUUCCGACUGGGGGGCUCAGGCCCCUGCUUUGUCCUAGAAGUGGCCGAGGGGAGCAGCGCGCACGCCGGAGGGUUGCGACCCGGGGAUCAGAUCCUGGAAGUGGAGGGCCUGGCAGUGGGUGGCCUGAGCCGUGAUCACCUGGUGCGCCUGGCAAGACGCUGUCCGCGCGUGCCGCCCAGCCUCGGUGUGCUUCCGGCUCCUGAAGGCGCCCCCAAUCCAGGAUCCGGCCCCGCUGCCCCGAUCACAGCCUUGCGGCUCCCGCGCCACAACCGCGGCCUUUCCUUGGGCGGUGAGCUGCUGCGCCUGGCUGGCCGCAAGCGCCUACAUGCCGUGCACCGAGAGCGCAGGCGCAAGGCGCAGGAGUUCAGCCGGAAGGUGGACGAAAUCCUGGGGGACCAGCUGACAGCCAAGGAGCAGGUAUUUGCAGCACUAAAGCAGUUUGCGGCCGAGCAGAGGGUGGACGAUCUGGUCUGGGCACUCACCCUGGUGCUGCCCCUCGAGGCCCGUGGACCACUCCUGGACAACCUCAGGAUCUUCAUCCCCAAGAAGCACCGGGCACGCUUCGACGAAGUGGUGUCCCAGGGUCUGCUGGGCAAGCUGUGUCGGGCGCGCAGGGCGCAGAACACGCAGCGGCUACGCCGAAGCCGCAGCGAGGAACGGCCAGAGCGCUUGCUGGUGUCCACGCGCGCUAGCGCCCCGCCGCGCCGACCAGACGAGCCGCCCCCACGAAAGGCUGCCUCACUACUGGGUGGCCGCGCUGGCCCAGAAGGCUCUCGCAGGACAGUCCGAGUCUACAAGGGCAACAAGAGCUUUGGCUUCACUCUGCGUGGCCACGGGCCUGUCUGGAUCGAGUCCGUCCUACCUGGGAGCCCAGCUGAAAAUGCUUCCCUCAAGUCGGGGGAUCGGAUACUCUUCCUCAACGGACUAGACAUGAGGAACUGCUCUCAUGACAAGGUGGUGUCCAUGCUGCAGGGCAGUGGUGCCAUGCCCACGCUGGUGGUGGAGGAGGGACUUGUCCCGUUUGCCAGUGACUCCGACUCACUGGACUCCCCCAGCCCUUCAUCAGCACUUACAUCGCUGCAGUGGGUGGCAGAGAUCCUGCCGUCCAGCAUCCGUGUCCAGGGGAGGACCUUCAGCCAGCAGCUGGAACACCUGCUUACACCCCCUGAGCGCUAUGGGGUCUGCCGGGCCCUCGAGAGUUUCUUCCAGCACAGGAACAUCGAUACCCUCAUUGUUGAUGUCUACCCUGUACUGGACACACCUGCCAAGCAGGUCCUCUGGCAGUUCAUCUACCAGCUGCUGACGUAUGAGGAGCAGGAGCUGUGCCAGGAGAAGAUUGCAUGCUUCCUGGGAUACACGGCCAUGACAGUAGAACCCGAGCCGGAGUCAGAGCCUGAGCCGGAGCCAACACCUGAGCCACAGCCUCGCAGCUCCCUGAGGGCUGCCUCCAUGUGUCGCCGCAGCCUCCGAGCCCCAGGGCUGGACACCAGCCUGGGUUGCAGUCCCAUAGACUGCCCUGAGAUGCCUCUUCCUCUGGUUCCAGGCGAGCGCCAGGCAGGAGACGGCACGUCCCUCCCUGAGACCCCAAACCCCAAGAUGAUGUCCGCAGUCUACGCAGAACUCGAAUCCCGACUGAACAGUAGCUUCAAAGGGAAGAGAGGGACCAUGUCCAAGUCCCGGGCCUCCCCACCAGUGUCCAGUUCAACAGGCACCGCAGGACCCAGGACCGUGUCCAGCGUCUCAUGGUCCAGCGAGCGGCUGCUGCCUUCCCCCUGCUACUACCCACUGUGCUCAGGGGGCCCGGCCUCCCCCAGCAGCUCCGAGUCCCACCCCUACGCCAGUCUGGACAGCAGCAGGGCGCCCUCCCCACAGUCAGGCCCUGGGCCCACCCACCCUGACAGCCCCCCUAGCCCAGACCCUGCCCGCCUGCCCAGCCGCAGGAAGCUCUUCGCCUUCUCGCGGCCGGUGAGGAGUCCAGACACAGACCGCUUCCUGGAUGCUCUGAGCCAGCAGCUGGGUCCCCGGGUCACCACCCUGGAUGACUUCCUGAGCCCGGAGAACGACUAUGAGGAGAUGAGCUUUCACGAAGACCAGGGCAGCUUCAUCACCAACGAGCACAGCAGUGCCAGUGAAUGUGUCAGCAGCAGCGAGGAGGGCAGCUCCUUAACAUAUUCCUCCAUCUCUGACCACAUCCCUCCGCCCCCACUCAGCCCUCCGCCCCCGCCACCCCUGCCCUUCCACGACCCCAAGCCCAGUUCCCGAACUUCUGAUGGUCCCCGGGGCUCUGCUCAGGCACUGGCCAAGCCCCUCACCCAACUGAGCCAUCAAGUCCCUCCACCACCCCCACCGCCCCUGCCCCCACCGGUGCCUUGUGCACCCCCGCUGCUGACCCGAGGCCUGGGCCACCGCCGCAGUGAGACCAGCCACAUGAGCGUCAAGCGCCUGCGGUGGGAGCAGGUGGAGAACUCGGAAGGCACCAUCUGGGGUCAGCUCGGGGAAGACUCUGACUAUGAUAAGCUGAGCGACAUGGUGAAAUACCUCGACUUAGAACUACACUUUGGCACCCAGAAACCUGCCAAACCGGUGCCGGGACCCGAGCCCUUCAGGAAGAAGGAGGUGGUGGAAAUCCUGUCCCACAAGAAGGCCUACAACACCUCCAUCCUCCUGGCACAUUUGAAGCUGAGUCCCGCGGAGCUGCGCCAGGUUCUCAUGAGCAUGGAGUCUCGGCGCCUGGAGCCCGCGCACCUGGCGCAGCUGCUGCUCUUCGCGCCCGACGCCGACGAGGAGCAGCGCUACCAGGCCUUCCGCGAAGCACCUGGCCGCCUCAGCGAGCCCGAUCAGUUUGUGCUGCAGAUGUUGUCGGUCCCCGAAUAUAAGACCCGCCUGCGCAGCCUCCACUUCCAGGCCACCCUGCAGGAAAAGACAGAGGAGAUCCGCGGCAGCCUGGAAUGCCUGCGCCAGGCCUCCCUGGAGCUCAAGAACAGCCGGAAGCUCGCCAAAAUCCUGGAGUUCGUGUUAGCCAUGGGCAACUAUCUCAACGAUGGCCAGCCAAAGACCAAUAAGACCACGGGUUUCAAGAUCAACUUCCUGACAGAGCUGAACUCCACCAAGACGGCAGAUGGGAAGUCCACCUUCCUGCACAUCCUUGCCAAGUCACUGAGCCAGCACUUCCCAGAACUCCUGGGCUUUUCUCAGGACCUGCCCACCGUGCCCCUGGCUGCCAAAGUGAACCAGCGGGCCCUGACCAGUGACCUCGCUGACCUCCAUGGCACGGUCCGGGAGAUACAGGCCGCCUGCCAGAACAUGGCCCCCUCUAGUGAUGACAAGUUCGCUGUGGUAAUGGCGUCUUUCCUGGAGACGGCACAGCCGGUACUGCGGGCUCUGGAUGGGCUACAACGUGAGGCCAUGGAAGAGCUAGGCAAGGCACUAGCUUUCUUCGGGGAGGACUCUAAGGCUACCACCUCUGAGGCCUUCUUUGGCAUCUUCGCGGAGUUCAUGAGCAAGUUUGAGCGAGCACUCUGUGACCUGCAGACCGGGGACGGCUCACGCAGCUCUGGGAUGGUGUCACCCCUGGCUUGGUGA